AUGAAGCCUUUCAUUCUAGGAUUCUAUAUCUGUCUUGCUUGUCGUGUACAUUCUGCAAUGGUAAGAAUGGAAACCACAACAGGUUCCGAGAUCGGAUCAGGUGUAGGAUAUUCUGGAUCAGGUUCAACUUCAGUGAUGAAAAUGAGUCCAGGUACACAAGAACUGUAUGAAAGGGAACAAGUACGAAAGUUGGCCAAAGAAUCUCAUUUGAAAGAUGAUCAACAUCAAUGGUUUGAAAGAUUUGAUCAUCAUUCAAUGGAAGGGAGAAAAACACUUCGUGAUGGUCAUAAGACUAAUCGUCGUAAAACACAACAAGUAUCACCGACCCCAACCACCACCACCAAUAUCUGA